GCGGUCUUUACUGGAAGGGUUGCGCUCACUAAUGGUUUAACGACGCCCUGACGGGCAGCGCGACUCCCAGAGCGCGCGCACACAGACGCUCCGCGGAUCACAUGACAAGAGCGCGUCUGCGCGCGCGCGCGCGAGUGGGUGUCUCGCGACUGUCAAGAUCACACCUGUCGCUCACUGCCCGCACACUUUCUCCGCUCCAGUCCUCGGCUCGGACCCACGAUGGACGGCUGACGACGUGCCAUGGAAGACGACCGCAGACGACACGCGAGUUUUAAGAAGUGGCGCAGAACGUUCCGUGACACCAAAGUUUGAAAGUUCGUCGCUUCAAGCUGGACAAGCAUGGCGCUGUCCCAACUCCAGUGUCUGGACGACAAUCACGUCAACCUCCGGACCACCGAGUCCAAGCCCGAGUUCCAGUACUGUGAGGACCAGCGCCUCGGACUGGAGACGCUGCUGGCGCAGGGUCGCGAGGCCUUCGCCAAGUUCCUGGAGGAUCGCGGGCUGAGGGGAUUUCUGUCGGACCUGGAGCAGGAGACCCUCACCAGAGAAACGGAGCCCUUCGACCCGGACGCCGACCUCUUUCCGGAGGGCGCGGACGAGAAGGAGCCGCCGCUGUCCCAGGACUACUGGCCGGAGCUGUCCGACCAGUCCACGCCCCAGAUGGACCUGGGCUGGCCGGACAGCGAGUCGUACCGGGGCGUGACCAGAACCACCGUGUACUCGCAGCCGCCGCAGGAGGGUCAGGCGCACAUCAAGGAGAUCGUCCGGAAGAUGAUUGCGCAGGCGCAAAAGGUGAUCGCAGUGGUCAUGGACGUAUUCACUGACGUUGACAUCUUCAGAGACUUACUGGAUAUAAGCUUCAAGAAGAAAGUAUCUGUCUACAUAUUGGUGGAACGCAAAACGCUACCUCACUUCCUGUCCAUGUGUCACCGAGCCGACAUGCACGCGGGACACCUGAAGCACCUGCGAGUGCGCUGCACGGGAGGGAGGGAGUUCUACACCCGCUCCUGCACCAAAGUCUGCGGCCGGCUGGGACACAGAUUCAUGUUCAUCGAUGGAGACAAAGCCGUGUCGGGGUCAUACAGUUUCACCUGGAUGUCGUCGCGGCUGGACAGAAACCUCAUCACGGUGGUGACAGGCCAGGCAGUGGACACCUUCGACCGCCUCUUCCAGUGCCUCUACAUGACGUCCAGCCACGUGGAUCUGCAGCAGGCUGCCACCAAACCAGAGCCCUUACCCGAGCCCAUUCCACAGCGAGCCCCAGCCCCGCCUCCCUCAGCUCUCAUUGCUCGCAAAUUACACAAUCCCAAGUACUCUCUGGUGGUUGGGAAUUCCAGCCCCAUUGCUGCAGCGUCCACCAACCACCCCGCUGAUCAAGCCCAGAACAGAGCAAACUCCCAGAAAAUUGAAGCUAAAAAGGGGCGGCGGAAGAGAGGACAUGAGGCGAUCGCUGAGGCCCCUCCCCUUCAUCCUGGACUUGAAAACCUUGAGAAGGCCCAUCUGGUCGAGUACUUGCCAACCUGGCCGGAGCCUGAUCCAUCCAGUGACGUGAUCGGUUUCAUCAACAUUGUAGAUACCAGCAGACCAGCUCAGGUCCACCUGCAGCGCUCAGAGAGGUUCGGUGUCAGUCAAGCCAUCAAAUUCAGCAGCCCGCUCGCUGAGCCUAAGGCCAGAAACACGGAGGCGGGCAACCCAAAGGAGCCGCGUCAAUGUGAGUCGACCCAAGACGCGACACAGAGAGGUGACAGUGUCCAAAGGUCCACAGCUGGAGCUCAGUCAUCCGCAGCUGACCCUGCCAAAGAAAGUAAACCUCUAAAGACCGACCCGGCUCACCCUGCUUCAGCCUGCCCGUCCACCACCACCAGCCACAGUGAAACACCCGCAGAUGGCUCCGCACAACCAACGGCACAAAGAGAGACGCCAAAUAUGGAUGUUGUUCUAACCCCGCUCAAUGAUUCAACCGAUGACGACACCAACAAGCAGCUCUCUGACAGCCAUGCAGAAGAACAAGACUCGCCGCUUCAACCCUCUGAAACGGCAAAGGUUCCUGCAGACAAAGCUGGAUCCAGCCGUCCUCUCAGCACUCCAUCUCCACUCAGGACUCCUCCGACCCCAAAGCCUCGCACUGUGCACCUGUGUCUCAAUGGAGCCUUGGAAAGGCAAAGUGCUGUUGCAGGACUGAAAUGGAAGCCAGAAACAAAAGAUGCCAGCAACUCCACAGGUGAAGAUUCUGGGCAACACAAUACGGACAGGCCAAAAAAUAAUGACCACGUGGGAAGUCUGGAUCCAGGACGAGAGGCACAAGAGGAGGAGUCUCUCCCGGGCAGCAUCAGGCUAAAUGGCACAGAAGAAACCCAUGAGUAUUCGGGGGAACUGCCCAAAACUAAUGCUGAUCAUCAACAUACUCCAGAUGUUAUUAUUCCAAGAGAAGGUGACCCAAAGACUGAGUCCCUUAGUUCAGCAGCAGGACAGGCUGCCAACCUCAGGCCCAGAGUAACUGCUGAUGAGGUGUCCACGCAAGGGCACAGUGAAAUGUUUAAAGUGUAUCAUGCAAAGUCCAGCCAACCUCAGGUGAUCUCAUAUGUAGGCGAACAUGUCGUGGAGAUGGAUUCAUCUCAUGCUGUGGCCACCAAUACCUCCCCAUCUGCCAGACAAAGUCGCCCCACAUUAGCUGAAGCCACACACAGCUGCGAGGAGGACACACAGAGAACAACCUCUGGAAACCAGGAAGAGGCAUCAGGACCACCUGGACAACUCCCUCCCGCUGCCACCCUGGCUCCAGAGCCAUCCAGGUCACAGUACACCUUCAGGCGUAUCUCAACACCUGAGGGCUCACGCACCCCCACCCCAGAUUCAGGGCCCCUGAAGUCUGGCUUCAGAACACCCACACCGCUCAGUGAUGGCUACGUCUCGUCGAAGGAGGACUCCACUCUGUCCACCACCUCGGACGAAUACUACGAAUGUAGCGAAUCACUCUUCAACGACAGAAACACAUAUCGAGGCCAUGCUCCUAGAGAGGAUCAGACUGAUGCUACCUCGCCCGUACUUGAGAAGCAAGAGAAACCAUUUGACUGUGAAAAGCAGAGGAAAAGACACUCAGAGGCGACUGCAGAGAAUGAUGGUAACACAUCACCAAAGGUCACCCAAAGACCCGCCCAAGUUCCAAAGAGGCAAAGACUGCCCAACAGUUCACCCGAAAAGAGACUUGCCGAUGGUGAAGCAAAGACACAGGUGGCCACAGGGGGCUUGAACUCUCGAAAAAUGUCUUUCGGUGCAGAGUGGCAGGUCCUCAUUCCAAACAGUGCUGAGAAGCCAAAAGUGGCGGAACUGGAGGAGACGGACGGAAAAAAGGAAGUGCAGGGACAGGAUUCAAGUCCCAGAGCAGCUCAGCAGCCCAGGCCUCCUCUGCCCGCCUCAGCACCCCACCGACUCACUCCUCACGCUCAUGGAGGUCAACCACAGAACCAUCCAGUGGAGCGGAUGCUUCUGAAAAACCCGGCCCGAGCACCACCAGCCAGACCACCUCCUCCACGUGCAGAAGGAAGCCAGGUGGAGCUGCAGAACCAACAGCAGCCGGCGUUUCUGCGGGUUCCACCGCUGCAGGAGAAACGGCCCUCCCCAGCCUCCAGCGGCUCAUUCCUCCGCGCAAACUUGCAACUCCAGCACUCAGCUAAGAGCCAGAAGCAAAUGAAAUCAGAAGGUGAGGAGCGAAAACAGGAUGAAGGCCGCCUGCCGUUCGGCAUCACCCUCGGCAAACUGCACAAGAUUACCAGCUUAAAGGACAAGAAAGGCAAGAAGAGCAGCGGUCCUCCUGCAGAAGCUCGCAAAAGCACCGGCUGACCACCAGCGCAGACGAAGGAGGCGAAGCACAAAGAGCUCAGGGUCAUGAGGUCGCUUCAGCAGGUGAUGGAGGGCGAACAGCAGCCGCCACGUUCCGGAUCAAGGUGUGGAUUGUCAGCCUUGUUUUGAGAGACGUCCAAGGUUUGACAAAAAUCUGCUGCUACUCAUUACAAUUCUCAAAUCCAAACUCCUCCCUCCGAUGCUGCUGCUAGUUCUCUCUACCUUUGUUCCUUUUCCCGUGUAUUUUGUGUCCACUGUGCUCAUGGGAUCCCCGGCCACCCAACACUUGGACUGAAUGAGUGUUAAACAUUACAGAUCUACAUGCAGUGGUUUUUCUAUGGUGGCCUUCCAGAAAUGAUGCGAGUACAGGGGCCACGUCUUUUUCCUCCUCAUCCACGGGCUGAGCUUGGGUCCAUCAUACUGGCUGCACCUCUCGUGGCCUUGUGCUCUUCACAGUCCUGUGUGACCGGAUCACACGUGUGUGCUGGUGCCACUGAGGGGCCCAGGCUUGGCAGCCACUCCAGACCAGUCAGAUGACUGUGGACAUGUGACUCGACUCCUGUCCCUCAGCAGACAAUCAUGGAAUCCAUGGUCUGGUUUUUACAUCCAACAACUGAGAUACAAACUCACAACCAUUUUGGUAGUAUUUUGGGGGAAGUGGGAGCCAGGAAUGUCCCCUCUGUCUAUAGUGGCUCUUUGUCAGGGUUUCUUAUUUUGGUGCUGUGUAUAUAGAGUCAUUGUGCAAUUAAAUU